AAUUAAAUUCAGUAGAUGAAGACGUCACAGAUCUCAGGUGUGGCAGAAUUACCGGAAGAGUUCUGUGCCAGUGUCGCCAGAUUGGAUAUUUCCCGAUAUAUUUUGGUUAUUUUAAAAGACAGUGUGCGGGCAAAAAUUGGCUUGGGGGGGAGUCGAUUUACAAAUAGGACUAUAUAGUACAAAUAAAGUUUUUGUUGUUUUUUGUGGAUUCCGCAUGUUUUCAGUAUACUGUCAAUGAAAUCUGGCAACCCUGUUCUGGGCAGCCUUUGCCUUUCAACAGGGGGAUGAUGCAUCAGUUGUUUGUUUUCCAGAGGAAGGAAGUUCGUGGUAGGAAAAUCCAAACAAGGCUUGGAUCUGAGGAGUGAUGGAUGCAGACAUUGAGGAGCAGGACUUCCCCGUAGAAAGAGACGGAGGACAGGAAGAGGAUACGGAAGGAGAUGGUGAUAAUGAGGACCAAAAGAAGACGCUUGGAUGCUAUGAGAGGUUCCAUCGAGCCAUCUCCAAGUGGAUGCUUCCAGAACACCUUCAUGAACAGUAUCUGGAGCGAGCCAACUGCUGCCCCCCUCCUAUCUUCAUCAUCCUCAUCAGCCUUGCAGAGUUGGGUGUGUUUAUCUACUAUGCGGUGUGGAAGCCCCAGAAGCAGUGGGUCACCCUGGACCAGGGCAUAUGGAACAGCCCUCUGACCUACAAGGCUAACAAGCGGCAGGAGGCGUGGCGCUUUUUCUCCUACAUGUUUGUCCACGCUGGUGUGCAGCAUAUCCUGGGUAACCUGCUGAUGCAGCUACUUCUGGGGAUCCCUCUGGAACUGGUUCACAAAGGCUUUGAAGUGGGGAUGGUCUACAUGUCUGGUGUCCUGGCCGGCUCCCUGGCCAGUUCCAUCUUUGAUCCUCUUAGUGCUCUGGUAGGGGCGUCUGGGGGUGUCUAUGCUCUCAUGGGGGGCUACUUCAUGAAUGCUGUCGUGAACUUUAGAGAGAUGAUUCCUCUCCUUGGAAUCUUUCGUAUUGGAGUGAUAGUGAUUAUCGUUGGAACAGAUAUAGGAUUUGCCCUGUACAGAAGGUUUCUCACUGACAACGCUGGCUUGAAGGUUUCGUUUGUGGCUCACAUUGGAGGAGGGGUGGCUGGGAUGACCAUUGGUUAUGUUUUCUUCAGCGCCUACAACCAGAAGCUCCUCAAGGACCCGCGCUUCUGGCUCUGCAUAAUUGGCUACAUUGUCUUCAUCUUGUUUGCGGUGGUCUUCAACAUCUUCCUUUCCCCUGCGUAGUAUCUCAGUACACACAUGUUUGAAUAACAGAUGUAGAGCCUUUGAUGGACUUGGGGAAGGUUAAGGAGAAGGUUCAAACAUUUUGGGUGCUAUCCAUAAGCGCCUCAUACAGGAAGUGAUGUUUAAAUAGAGACCUCUGUUGUUGAAGUGAAAUAUUACACAUGGCAAAAAUGUACUUUGCGUGGAUUCUGUAGCUAAAAAAAGCUGUUUCUAAUGGACAAUUGAAUGCCCUCUCCAUUUUUGUUUCUUUUACUUCUUAAAUUGUAAAUUGCUUCCAUUGCAAGGUGUGAUGAAUACACCCUCUGAUGUUUUUUUUUUCCAUUUUAUUUUGUGAUGUUAAUAAUGAUUUGUUUUAUUCAUUUGAUCUGUAGGUUUUGUUUUGAACUCAAAAUACCUCACAGUUUGCUGGUGCUAUAGGUUUAAAAAAAAAAAAAAUACCGGUAACUGCCAAAAUAAGGGAAACCAAUAGUGUUAUAAUAGAGCAUUGGGCCAACACAAGCCACCAAAGCAGAUUCACUGGUGACUGGGACUCUAUUGGGUUCAGCAACAUUCUUCCAUGAUUUGUUAUUUUGUUGACGAUGGCCAAGCAUCUGGGUAAUUCUCAUCAAACUGACAACAUUUUCUGAAGUGUCAUUUUUCACUACAUUUUCUUUACCCCUAUUUAACUUAUUUUAAAUACUCCAUUUAAUAACCGCUAUUAAGGUGACGCAACCAGCGUAGCACAAGGUGUCACUUGAGCGCAAUGUGAGAAGUCAGUCCUGUCUGACAUCCACCUCCAACCCAGGUAGUGCUGAGCCAAAUUCCACCCUGGGACUCCUGGGCAUUGUCGUUAGCAUUCCACCUCCUGGCCGCAAUGACACAGCUGUAGUGUGAGGCCAUUCUUAGACCACAGCAUUCACGGCCCAGUGUUCAUCACAUUUUCUCUUGGAUCACUGUUAUUAGGAUCUGUACUCAUUCAUUAAAUAAUGUUAAAUAAUGUUAUUUUGUCAGAUAUUAUGCAUUUUACCAUAGUUUCCCCAGAAUUAUAAUGACUGCAGAAUGUUCAAAUAAGGACUAAACUAAAAUAAAAAUGUAUAAUAUUUUAAUAUUAUGUAACAAAACUUUUUAAGAUAUAUAGGAAACUACAGAAACAGUUUGAAGGUAAUAUAUAUUAAUGUUUAACAUAAACUUGAACUAGUAUAUCAUUGUGAUGCAUCGUGCAGAAACUACAGCAACAUAUUUUAUUUUUUAAAUGACAUUUAAUGAAAUGAGAGAACAUUUAAUCGUGACAAGUUUUGGUAAUGAUAAUGUACUUAUUAAUGUGUUUAUUUCAAAUAAUUUCUCCCCAAAACUAGAUUUUAAAUUUUUUCUCUGUCAGUAGUAUUUUGCUGAUGAUCAUGGUCUUGUGACUGAAUUUGUUACAGAACUGGUAAACCUGGUUUUAUGAGAAUCACCCUUUAAAUUGACUUCGAACCCCUAAUUUGUGUUUCCUUUAUUUUGGCUUGAUAAAACCUUCCCUCAGUUAGGUCCUUUCCUGUGAUUUUCCAUAGGUCUAGUCCAUGAACCAGAAAAAUAUAUAGGCAAGAAGAAGCUAGAAAACAAUGGAGGGGGUGGAGGCAUGAGAGCAUGCAUAAAGACAAGUAAUCUGAAAUCAACAAUAUUGCUGUACACUGAUACUGUUUGCAAUUGGAUAAAAUAAAACAAAGUGAUGAGAGAUGAAUACUCAGCCAUAAUAGAGACAUCUACAGUUGGUGCACUACAUCAAAACAUUUUCCAACUAUAGGUUCAUUUGCGUAAACCUUUUUUUUACUUAUAAACUUAUAAAAAUUUAAUAAUUGCUUCCUGAAAGCAUGAUUUAAUGUGCCUGUUUGUCCUUAGCAUUUGCCACAUGCCAAUGUGUUUAUUUAAUGAGUCUGUUUAUCCUUUGGGUGUUGAUGUACAUUGGAA